UGGUCGAUCAUGGACGAACUAAUCAAAAUUCCUAAUAUUAAAUUUCCUGGUCUAUAGAGGGCGUUCUUCAAGUUCUAGCUAGGCGCCAUCAAUCAUUAAACGAAUUCUGACGGUGUGAAUUUUCUAAUAAAAUACGCACUUGUAUGGACACUGCACCAUCAGAAAUGGCUGAAGCAAAUGAGAAAACACAAUACAGUACAACAGGUUCUGCGAUGAGGGUAUACAUGUAGAUCAUUGCUGAUUUCAAGAGAUUGCUCCAAUAAGAUUCAGUCAUCUGCAAUGUCGAUCACAACAACAAACCCACUAUUUGCCUGUACCAAGUGCAACAGUCGUCAUCCCUUUGAGGAACUCUCCCAAGGCCAGCAACUCUGCAAGGAUUGCAGAGGCUCCUAUCCAGUGGUGAAAUGCACUUAUUGCAGGGCAGAAUUUCAGCAGGAAAAUAAAAGCAGCACAAACACUAUCUGCAAGAAAUGUGCACAAAAUGUCAAGCUCUACGGCACUCCAAAGCCAUGUGAAUACUGCAAUGUAAUUGCCGCUUUUAUCGGAAAUAAAUGUCAACGCUGCGCUAACUCGGAAAAGAAGUAUGGUCCUCCACACACAUGUGAACAGUGCAAGCAGAAAUGUGGCUUUGAUAGGAAGGAAGAGCGCAAAAAGGUUGAUGGAAAACUUCUGUGUUGGUUAUGCACACUUUCGUACAAAAGAGUUCUUCAGAAAGCUAAGAAGCGGAAGUAUGAGCUAAGCAGCCACCAUCGUAGUUCCUCCCAGCCCACCAAGGAAUCCUGUGAUGGAGAACCUGCCAAAGCAGAGGACAAGAUGGACAAGUUAAACAGUAGCAGGUCUGCAGCAAACGAGAGUGACAGUAAGAGAGUGAAGUCUGAUUACUCUAGCAAUGGUGUGCUUCCAUCAUCAGUGAAUAAAUCGGAUGUCAUGUUUGUGGAUCCUGGUAAUACUGAUCAUAUGGUGGCCAUGACUCAACUACGCGAGCAGAUAGCAUCGCUCAAGAAGCUCUUAGCAGAAAAGGAGAAGAUUAUCUUGGAGAGGGAUAAAAAGAUAACAGAAUUACGAGCAACUCACAUGCAGAUUGAAAAGGAUCUUCGAAACAAGUUGGCUGUUCUACAGAAACAGCAUGGAGAAACAAUGGAAGACGUGCAGGCCAAGAACCGUGCCCUUGCCAAGCAGGUGUCAAUGAUGUGCAAAUCAAAGCCAGAGAAGACGGAACCAAAAACACAAGCCCCGGUUUUAUGAUAAUGGACCCA